UUCAAUCUUCUUGGAACCCAGAGACAAUUCUUCUGACAUUCAAAAUAAAAAAUAACGACGUUUCUAUUUGAAUUUAGAAUGUACGUCAAAUAGUAUUGUUUUAAGCUUUUUCUAUGCGGGGUUAAAAAAUUACGGUUUUUAUGCAUUUUUUUAUCCUUACGUAAAAUUAUUUUAGUGUAAAAAUCAAUGAAUCUUUUGGACUGAUAUGCGAUAUAAAUUGGCAAGCCAAAUGAAUUUUUAACCGUCUUCAAAUAACGACAAAAUGGCCAAAUGUCGGCGAAGGCGGAAAAUGUGCAAUACUCGAUGCCGCACCAAAAAGGGCAGGUUUAAGCGGUGCGGGAAAUGUGACCGUCGCUACAUUGUGCCCCAGCCGUGCUGCAAGAAGCGACGUCGCAGCUGCCCGCGGCCGCGCCGCAAGCGCUGCCGCCCGAAGAGACCCUCGUGCAGGAGACCCUCGCGCAAGAGGUUUACUUACCGUUGCCGCUCCAAGUGCGGCACGUUUAAGCGUUGCCGCCGCUGCGACCGCCGCUAUCCGAUCCGAAGGCGGCGCUCCUGCUCCUGAGGUGCUGGCAAAUUGCUGCUGGUACUGUCUUGUCGGUGUUUCGCCUCCAUGCCCAGUGUUUGAGAAAAUUGUGUUCGUGACGUAAUUAUACAAAGUUAGCAAUUCUGUAAA